AUGUCUAAAAUAUCUAAAACCGAAAUAGAAACCACAACUAUAACCAAUCCAAUGCAGAAAGAAUUUAUGAAGUACUUAGAACGUGAAAUCGUAAACGUGUUCUCAGCUCAAAAGUUACAGCAAUUCAAUAAAUUAUACUUUGAAAAUAGAAAGACACUGGAAAGAGAAAUCCCUGAUGAAGACGAGGCUUUAUAUUUAAUUUGGGCCAAAAACAAAUCUGAAGACGCGUUGUGCCAUUCAAGUUCGGCGGAUGCUCCAACAACGUCAGACACAUUGGAACAGACGAGGUAUCCGUCAAAUGAUGUAACCACUGCUCAAACGAACGAUGUUGUUGUAACCGAUGAAGCAAUAGUUAUACCAUCAGAUGCCGGUGACUCUGUGCCUACAGAAACUGAAGAAAUGCACUUCAACAGCAUGCGGACGGAAAAUCCACCAAAAGAUAGCAACUCCAAUGACUUAAUAGAAACUGAUUCAGCAGCACAUAUCUCGAAGAAGUCAGUAGAUGAUAACAUUGGCGUGACUCACAAUUUGCCUAUAGCAAAAACAGUCACCACUGAUGAUGAAACGUCAGGCAUGAUGCUGUUACCAAACCGCUUCCACCGCCGGAACGUUCUUUACCAACUGAUUUAUCUAAAGAUCCUCUAA